AUGUCGGAUUGCCGUGCGGAGUCACUGCCCAAGACCUUGAAUUUGGCCUGGAAUCUUCAGUGUCCAGUAGUGGUGUUGGAAUGUGUGCCAGAGAUCCAAAGUGAUGCGGAAGUGCAGCAACUGCUUAGACAAUUUGCCUUGGCCACGGGAUAUCGAAUCUCCCAACAGGUUCUCAACCUUCAGAAUGGUUGGUGCAAUCGUCGGUCUCGUUGGUUUUGUGUGCUCACUGCACCCCUGCUCGGACUCUGUGAGUUGAAGGAUUUUCCAAUCUUAGACCAAUACCGCACAGUGCAAGAUGUCAUGCCAGGGAUUCGUCACUGGCCAGAGGCAGAUCAUGCUCAGAUUGAUCUUAAUCUGUAUGAGCUUUCCAAGUUUUAUGCAUAUGCCUCCGGGGGUAUUGAAAACCUGUUCUUGCGCCUUGGGGAAGCCUGUCCAACCUUGCUUCACUCAGCAGGCAAUCAGCUCUAUGCCUGUGCUUGUGGGUGUAGGGGAGCCUUGUCAGAACACCGCAUCAGCACACGUGGUCUUUUUGGAGUCUUGGUGCCACUUGACACACCGCAGGUACACAUGCAAAGGGUCAUGCAACAUUGCCGUUACUUGCAUCCGCAAGAGAUGUGGGCUUUGCUUGGUGGAAUUCCAGGCAUUGACGUUGGACACAAUUUGAGGUUAGCCAUGGCAGGCAUUGGGCAGGCGGUGUCACCGAUGAUUGGUUUGUGGGUCUUGUCUCAGGUCAAACGACAUGUUGACGUUUUCUAUGGAAUUACACAACCAUGCCAGCCUGAUCAUGUCCUUGCUGCAUACAUGAAGGAGCUGAUUGGCACAUGCAGGAAUUGGUGGCCAGAACCAAUUCCUCCCACAGUCCCAUUGACAGCCGAGCCAGAAGAUCCCAUUGAAGAUGUACGUCCAACCAUCCGUGUCCAAGUCCGUUGGUUGUCUGACAUGUCUGACCCUGUGUCCGUAGCUUGCCCUGAAGGAACCACAGGUCGUGAACUCUUGGAAGCUGAACAGAUCCUUACGGGUAAGGCAGCCGAGUUGAUGCUUUGGCAAAAUGCACAGGCAUUGGACUUAAGCCAGCCGCUGGUUGAUGGAGUUGAGAUUGGAGUGGCCCCUAAGGGUUUUGAAGCGCCGUGGAAUUCCAGUCCUGUCGUGCCUUGUUGUCUGUCCCCCAGUGAUGUCUUGGCUGAGUGUCAUGAGCAGCCGGGAAGGGAUUGGAAUGUUUACGCGGUUACUUCUGUUGACCAACUGUCGCAAAAGAGAGCGUCCCAGAUGACCAAGAUUGAACGUGAAGCCAUCUUGAGCUUGCAAGGACCAGUUUGGGGAGAUGAUGAGCUUUUGGUUGGACUCCAGGGCAUUGCACAACACACUGACCAUGAUCAACAUGUAUUGGUUUGGGAUCCCCUCCUUCUCACCGGUUUGGUUUUGUCUCCCAAUGAUCACACAUGGGCAAAGUUGUGUGACAUGCUAGGCCCAGUUGCAACGGUCCUCACAGCAAUCAUGGUUGAUCAUCAUUGGUAUCCCUUGGUGUGGCGUAUGGACGCUGAGGUUGUCAGACUGUUCACUUGUGGGGUUGUCCCCGCCCAUGUACAGGUGUUUGAAACUUUGGCAACCACCAUGGGUAGCUUGAGAGGAGUUGAAGGCCAGUGGUGCAACAAGCUGGUCUCCUUUGUUCUGUCUGGUCAUUGUGGUGCGCUUGUCCUGUCGUUUGCAAAGCACUUGCUCUGGGGUGAAUCUUUUCCGUCAUCACUGGUUGAGUUGGAAUGUGUUGCAAAACAACUGAGGCAGGAGUUUGCGUCAGGGUUGUCCGAUCUGUGUCUCCGUCCCCAGUUGGCUGCCCUUGGACUUCCAGUGGUGGACCAACUGGCUUCUUUGCUCAGUGAACAUGGGGUUGAUGCAGGUGAGUCCCUUGCACGGGCCAAAGAUUUGAUGCAACAGUUGGGAGAUACCCAUGUCAGUGCGGCCUUGCAGGCGAACAAUGCAUGGAGAGAGCUCAAAUGGUUGGCGAAUCAAAUGCGACCACCGCUGGUGUUGAUUAAACCAUCUGAGCUGCAGAGGGCCAUUGAGAAAAGGGGUGGCACAUUCCAAGUGGGCAACAAACGCCACAAGAGACCUAAGGGUCAAGGGAAAGGCAAGCAUGCGCCCAGCCUUGAUGCCAGCAUGCUGCGCUUGGAACCGGGCCUCUUCCAGGAUCAGCAAGACCAAGCUUUGAGUCAAGUUGCAGUCGCCAGCAUUGGGCCGCAAGUUUCAGGGGUCGUGGUGCUCAACCAAGCCAUGGCAGAACCCUACUUGAAAGCCAACCGAUGCAUGUCUGCAGGAGCCUUGGGUCUCUUUGUUGUGGAUUCCACUGUCCCGUCGGUCACCACCUUGCCAGUGUCCUCAGUCAGGGUUCCUUUGAUGUGCACAGCAAAUUCAGAGCCGUUGUUAGUUGAUGGACUUUUGUAUCAGCUUGGGGCACAACAUGUGAAGCGCUCAAUGCCACCAGCAGGAUGCACAGUGAAAGCAGUUGCGACAUGUGUCGUGAAGGCAUUGGUUUUUCGUGACAUGACUGAGGAAAAUUGGCAGCAGGUCUGUGCGCACCCUUUGAGACACAUCUUUAGCAAGGUCAGUCCGCUGCAACCAUGUGAAGAUGAUGAAUGUCCAGGUUGUGAAGCAUGGCACCAGACACAACAGUACCCAGUUGCCUCACCGGUUUUGGAAGCAUGGGGAAAACAAUGGAUGAAGCUCAACUAUCAGUACUGCCCUUCUGAUCAGGCCGAAGUCUUUGGGGUACACCUGAGAUUGCCAGAAGUCCUUCAAUGUCAGGUCCAAGCCUUCAGUGGUUUUCAAGGUGUCUUUCUGGAACCCCGGUCACUGGAUGGCAAGAAGCCAUCUGUGCAGUUUCAGGUGAUUUGGAUUGCAAAGACCGACAUUUCGCAGCUCAUGAUGCAGCGUCAGUCCAUUCCAGCAGUUUGUGGGCUGGCCAGGAUGGGGUCGAAACUAGGGUUGCGAUGCCAGAUUUCCAAUGCAGCCGAGGUAUAUGCCAAGGUCAAGCCAGGUCAAACAUACCUGCCAUCUGGCAACAAGCAUUCGUACCUAGUGGGGCCUUUCCCUUUUGGAACUUUGAAGUCUUCAGUUGCCCAUGCAUUGGCACAGAGUGGAUGGGUGGCCAGGCCCGUUCAGCCGGUAGGAACACAUGACCACUUGCAAGGGUUGAUGUACAGGGUUCAUGCAGUGUCACCACCGCCAUCGAAAGUGCUGCACAUCACUCAUGGUGAUGUGGUGGUUACACAAGAGGGGCUUCCUCCUGACAACAUGCCGUUGGUCCCAAAGGUGUUGGCAUCUCCGGCCACAGUGGCCAUGGUCACCAAAGAACAUGAGGUGGAUCAUUUGCAGAUUCACGACCCGUGGGCACCAGCGCUCAAAGCAAACAAAGCAGGACCAGUGCCAAUCCAGAUUGGCAAUCCCAUUGAGGAUAUGGAGCAGCGGGUGGUUGCAGCGGUGUUGGCACAGAUGCCUACAAAGGGAAUGGAGGUGGAUCAAGAUGAUGGCCAGCCAGAUCGAGUUAGCCAGUUGGAACAGCAGAUGAAAGAGCUCCACAGCCAUACGCAGAACUUGGGCCACACAGUGCAGCAGCAUCAUGUCGAACACUCACAGCAACUGCAGGAGGUUCACACACAGCUUCAGCAGCAGCAUUCGCAAUUUGAUGCAGCCAUCCAAGCACAAGCCUGUCAAAUCCAGGGUUUUCAUGACACGUUUCAGGAGCAGUUUCGUCAGCAAGUGGUUCAUCAGCAGUCGAUGUUGGAUGGUAUGUUUCAAAAGCAGAUGAAUCAAUUUGAAAGCCUUCUUACCAAGCGUGCGAGACUUGCCGGGGCAUCAAUGGUCAGCUUUGCAGCGGAGAGGAAGACAGGCCAGGCUGGAGUUCACUCAGGGGUCUUGCUGGUAUCCUCAUACCCUGCCAGAGCUCUGCCGCGCAAUUUUGACCCUGAAAGCUUUGCAACUGGCCGCAUGCAAGUAGCAGGGAUGAUGGUAGGUACCAAAAGGAUUGAUCAGAUGUGGAUCUCAACCGAGCUUCAGGCCGUGCUGAAUGAGGUUGUUAUUGCAUGGGAUAAAUGGGCUGAUCAUGCCACCGUAGAAGCCACCUUCAAGAUGCAUGGCAAGCAGCAAGUCAGCCAGGUAUGGCGGCAGCCACACCCUUUCCCGUGGCCUACCAAUUGGGAUUGCCAGUUGGAUUUUGAUGCCACAGCAGACCCAACCAUAGCCUAUGCACAAUUUUGGCAACAGCUGGAAACACAAGCCCAGUGUUGGAAUGCGCAGCAGGGUCAAUUUACCUCUAGGGCUCAGUGCGGGAGGGCACAAACUCUGGAUACCCAGGUGCGCAAAUGGCAAGGGUCACCACCAAAAUUGGGGCGGGAAGGGGAAGUUCAGCCCAAAUACUUCGGUAUUAGUCUGCAGCAUGCCAGGUUUUUUCGACAGCUAAGGCGACUGCAAGCGCUCACCCAGCUGUUGCGCAAGGGCCUUGCCACAUGCAAUGCAGUUACCAAUGCCCAGGAGACAUGGCGUGCCAUCAGGGGUGCGGCGGGUUUUCCAGAUGGUUUUGCACAAUGGUGGGCCCAGCAUGGAAUUGGAUUUACGCUGGCCACACCGUCAGCACUGCCUUAUUUUCUGCCGGAAUUUGAGGUGGUCCAAUCUUUGUUUGAGGGUUUCCAAAGUUUUGUCAAAGACUAUGAAGGGCGCCUGGCCCAACGACGCUACCAGUAUGGUACUGCUAGGCGACGAGAAGACAUGAACCUGGUUUUUCAAGACUGUAAAGCAGAGCAGCCUCCAGUUGUGGACACCCUGCUGGACCGAGUAGCGGUAGAUAUAGAAGAGGUGCGCCCAGAGGAUAGCUCUGUAGUGUUGGUUCGCCCAGUUGAGUUGUUGCCAGGUCUUCCUGUCGUCAUCCAUGGCCAAGCCCAGGAAGUGUUGGUUCAUGAACAUGAUCAGGUGUGGUUACCUUCAGUUGAAGGGAUGGCUCCAGGUCAGGUGCUAACUCAGGAAAGAGUUGUCAUGACAGAUGCUGCCAUCUUGCAACGCUUCCGACUAACAUGGGAGCCGAGGUGGAAUAAGACUUCACAUGUGGCACCAGGCCAAUGGGACCAGAUCUGUGGCUUCAUAGAGCGUGCCUUGCAUCCUCUGCAAUGGCCGGUCACCCCAUGGACUUCUUCCAGGUUAAUGGAGCUCAUUUGCCACAAGAAAGUAGUCUCCGCAAAGGGCCCGGAUGGAGUUUCGCAGCCUGAUUUAGCAGCAUUGCCGCCAACAGCACAACAAGCAAUGGUUAAGCUUCUGAAUGAGGUUGAGCAAGGUUUGCCAUGGCCAGCACAGGUGGCCUCAGGGUUUGUAGCCAGCCUAGCAAAAAAUCCUGGGGCACAAUCAGUGGAUGAAUAUAGGCAUGUCACUGUCUACAGCCUCUUGUACCGGGUUUGGUCGUCUGCUAGGGCCAAAGAAGCCUUGAGAGUUUUGGCCGCAGUUGUCCCACAAAGCGUCCAGGGUGGCCUUCCAGCAAGGCAGGCUAGGUCAGUUUGGUACACUACAGCCACUACAGCCCAAGUUUUGGAAUCUGCUCUGGUGGAUGAGGUUCCCUUGCGCGGCAUCUUGAUGGACAUCAGAAGAUGUUUCAAUGCCAUACCUAGGUACCCACUGUGGUUUGUGUUGCGGGUUCUUGGAUUUCCAACGGGGGUCUUGCGUGCGUGGGUAGCCUUUGUCUCUGGUCAGACCAGAAGAUUCAAAGUGCGUCUUUCCACAGGAGAGCCAGUCUCCUCUGUAUGCGGCUUGCCAGAGGGUUGUGCGUUGUCAGUUUUUGGGAUGGUCGUUAUCGAUUGGAUUUUGGAUCUUUGGCUGAAUGCCACACAGCCAGGCAUUGGACUUCAUGCUUUCAUCGAUGAUUGGGGGGUUUUGUUUUCAUCCCAGGACCAAUUCCCAGCAGUCUGGCAAGCAGUUUUGGACUUUACCUCUGCACUUGACCUUGAACUGGACUUUCACAAAACUAAGGUCUGGAGCACACAAGCGUUGGCACGGCAGACCCUUCGCCAAAGGAGUCUGCAGGUCACACUGGCGGCGCGAAAUUUGGGAGCGCAUCAGAAUUUUUCCAAGCACGCCUGGAAUUCUACCCUUCAGGCCAGACUUAGGAACAUGCCUGACGUAUGGACAAGGCUCAGGGCAAGCUUGUCGCCAUACUGCACCAAGUUGCAAGCGGUCAGAAUGCUCGCAUGGCCUAGAGCAUUACACGGGAUUUCAGUUGUGCACUUGGGUCAGACCCACUUCAAAACCUUGAGGGCGGGAGUCAUGAAGGCCAUCCAGGCCAACCGCAAAGGGGCCAACCCGAUGCUCCACAUGGCUAGUAAUUCAUUGGAAACAGACCCUGAAGCCUGGUCUAUUCUCCAGACCUUGCGAGAUGCAGGGGAGCUCGGAGGUUUUGACAAAGUUGAUGCCAUGCUUUCAGUUUUUGCCUCGGCAGAUUUGGACUUACCUGCCAACGGUCCCACAGCAGUCCUGUUAGCCAGGGUGCGUAGGUAUGCAGCAUGGGCUGUAACAGUGGCUCAACUUGGCAGUUUGAACAACCAGGAGGGACUCUUGGACAAUGUACAACUGAUGAAGGUUGUCUCUCACUGCAGUAUCGACAAGGCUACAUCACCGGUGGAAGAAUGGGCGUAUUGGCACAAUGAGCUUACAGACCGAGCAGCGGCAAAGAUCAAUGACACAAGGGAACCGCUUUUCUGGGAGACAUGGAAGGGAUUGGCGAGUGCGUUGCAGCUGAGCAGGCAGCUGCAUAGGGCAAUUCUGUUGGUUCUCUUGAAGUCGGGUCGCAAGGCCCACAUGGCGGAGCAAGCCAAGGGAACUAUGCCGGUACCCAAGCCUAAAAGAAUAGCCCUGUGUGAUGCGGCGAUCUUCGAGCAGCUGGGCCGUCAAGCGGCUUGCUCGGCUGACAUCCAGGAGCUGCGACCGGCAAGGCACCGGUAG